AUGCCAGGCGUGGUCUCCGGAAGUUCUUGGGACAGCAUCCUCACUUUAUUAAGGACAACCGGCAGGAUUGCUCUGUUUAAUUUGCCGGCUCUUGAGAUUGAUACUGAUGUCGAUGGCCUGUUCGUUAUUCGAGGAGUCACUUUCUCGCUUUCGAGCUUCACUUUGGUCGCACAUGGCAUCGAGCUUGGCCUCAAACUCACGGACGACAUCGAACUUGCCAUGUAUGUGGAUGAGGUGGUCGUGCAAUUUUUCAGGAGCAUCGACGUAGGUGAUGUAUACGCCAAUGUCAAGGGGGGCAAGUUCGAGAUGACACUCGGUGAUCUCGACCUUACCGCAGAUGACGACGCAUCGAGCGAAACCAGCGUGUUCCUCGACGAUACGCCACUUUUACGAGCUGCUACAGCCGGAUCUCGGGGUUUCACUGAUAGGCCAAUGCUCAGAGAAUCUCUGACAGGCGGAGUCAAGACAAUGAGAGAUUCAUCGGCACAGGCUGGCUUCAAUAUGGUCGAGAGCCUCUCUCCCGAUGACAACAUCGCUGACAAGCAGUACCACGAGAGACUAACGGAGAUUCGUACCACGAGUGCGGUGUACCAGUCACGGCAACAAGUUCGCCAGAAAGCUAAAGGCGAGAACGGUUUCAAGUUUGAUAACGAAAAUGACAUGCGUGCUGCAGUCAGUGCUGAGCUCCACAAACUACCAUCGAUUCCGCAUCCCCCGAACCGAUCUGUCCGAGUCACGACAUUACAGACUCUAGCGCCACCAUAUGUGCGGAGUUUCUUACAUCGCCUACCGUUCCUGUUGCGCUUGCUUCUUGCUCCACUCAGCUACUUUCAUCCGAUCAGCAUCUCGAGCAUCACAGGUAAUGGUUCUGGUCAAUGGCUAUCAGCUUUGCUCCAGCAACAAGUGUUCAAGCACCACACGGAGCACAAUGCCGAACUUCGACGUAUACACCGGCGGAUCUCACACUGGCUGGCAGACGCAAAUUUUUGCAUGCAGUUUACGGAUGUCUCUGGACUCGGUCAAGUCCCUCUUAGCACUCUAUUCGAUAUCGUGGCCUACCUAAAGUUCAGCGAUGUCAUGGCAUAUCGCACAGAGCCAGAGAAGAACACAAUCCGCCAAGUGGUGCGCUUAGGCGGUGCUGAUGCCACCUUCACGAUUCCAUCGUAUCUUCUGCCCCAUCACGAACAUAUCAUUCCUGCAGAGCCGACACCCCAGGAAGAGCACGAGCUCAGAAUCGAAGUCGAGCAAGCCGAUGGCCUACCGCAUGAAGUUCAGAAAGAGAAGGAGCUAGAGAAGUUGCAGAAGGAUGAGACGAACAUAACUAUGAGCGUCCAUGCCAGUCUGCCACUGAGCUGUGAUCAAACAGUACUGAACUUUGUUGCUGCACUGGUCAAGGCAACGAAGAUGAUCGAAGCGGAGAAGGAAGUCGAGGUGAUAGAGCAGACCAGCGGCAAAGAGCAAGAGACUCCGGCGUCACCACUAUCACGAUCUUCGACGGCGGACAACGAUAAAGACUCUCUGCGAUCACGAUCGGACUCCAAAGAUGCUUCGGGCUUCAAGACGUUCGCGAAGAACAUUCGACAAAACCUGAAAGAUGGUACCACAGGCACCCAGAUCAAGGAGUUCGCGAAAGAGCUGCACCAGAACACAAAAGACGGCUUGGAGAAGACGAAGAGGACCAUGGUAGCUGGUAUGGUAAACGACAGAUGGAUCGCGAAGAUUGUCGGGAAGACUGCCGCCAUGCUUCAGAAAGCACAAGGAGAUGUUGGAUACAGCGGUGGUAUACCAGUGCCGCUUGCUCCAUACAGGGGAUCUGCAAGCUUACCUUCGAAGAUUUUACCUUGA